UUACUUGAACAUAAUUCUGUGAUUUAACAUAAAAAUGGACAAAUGAUGAUCCAUCAAAGGGAUACAAAUAUUUUGCAAGAGGUGCAGGGACCUGUCUCGCAGAGUUCCUUCUGUCGGUUGAACUUAGUUUACUUCUGUUUGUUGAAGAUAUGGAGGUCAAAUGUCUGGCUGCAACUUUUUUCUUCGCCAAUUAUUUGGCAGUGAAAGCAAAUUGGAACUACAACAAAUUCAAGACUGGCAUUGGUUGUGGCAUAACCCACGAGAUUAAAGUUCUCAGCUCUCUGAAUACAAACAUCUUAGCCCCAUCUUGUGCAGUGGGUGCUUUAGAAAAUUUCCCUAUUGGUCAAUUUUUACCCGUGGACACAAAUCAAUCAAAUAUUGUGCUGAACCCUAUCCUGAAUAAUGCAACUACCACAAUUUUGCUGAAGAACAACACAUCCCUGACCAACCCCACAAGUACUACCAAUGAGUCCAUCUGGCAAUGCGACGGAUGCGCUCCCAAUGCCUCAAUCCCCCGAUUGAACCCCAAUGGAACCUCAACCAUCGGGGAAUGGAAUUGCACGGAUUCCAGUUGCCAACUUGCCACACCAGUCCCAGGAUCGGGACUGGUAGAUGGGGGCAAUUGCUCGGAUGAUGGAUGCAAUACCACGCGACCAGAUUCUUGCAUCCCUGACUUUGAUUGUGAAUUCUACCGACACUCUCAGUAUGAAGGAUUGCCCUGGAAAUCGCUUGCCAACAUUACCACUCCCAGAAUUUGUCAAGCUCAAUGCCAAUCCCACCUCCAAUUCUGCCUGAGUUGGACCUUAGAUUCGUCGUCAACUUGUUGGCUGUUUGACGUGAUUGGGUCCUUGAAGCCUUUGACGAACUCGGUCAGUGGACCUGUGAGCUUGGGAUGCCUGAUCCCAGGAUUGGAAUAUCUCGGCGCAAACCUGGCUACAAAGCAGAACGUUCAACGCGCUGAGGAUUGUUGGAAGAUUUGCCGGGGGAAUCCUCGAUGCACUCAUUUCAGCAUGACGCCCUCCAGACGUUCUUGUGCCUUAAAAGAGACCGGAGUCUAUUUGAGAGCAAGUCACUACGUGAUUUCAGGGCCCCGAGAUUGCCCCAACUAA